CACCCUCAAGAGGCAAUGUAAUAUUGGAAUAUUGGGCAAAACUGGACUUAAGUGCCAUCUCCAAACCAGCGUUUUUAGGCCGGCAAAAGGGAGUGCAGACACGGUAGAGACACCGACUCAAUAAGGGGGGCACCGCAACGCCUUUCCGUGAAAUGUGGACUCGGGCACAAUCUGCACUGUACUUGAUUGUGAUAGUGCGUGUGGGGCUCCUAAACCAGAAAGGAGAGACCCCUGGUAGUGGUCCAACUUUCUUUGGUCUUCGUUCCAUUGCGAAAGUCAUGCCCCACGAACAAAGUGAUAUAUAGAUAAGAGCUAGAGCUUGGAACCCCCAUCAGAUAGUUAACAUUCUUGAAGCACAUCAUUCAUCAGCUCUUAUAAUGGCUCCUCCUUCGAAUCUGAAUAGGAAUUACCAUGUGUUCCUGAGUUUCAGAGGCGCAGACGUCCGUAAGAACUUCCUCAGUCAUCUCUAUGCAGCUUUGGAACAGAAAGGAAUACAAACUUUUGUGGAUAGUGAGGAGCUCAGGAAAGGAGAGGAAAUAUCGCCAGCGCUCACGAGGGCGAUCGAGGAAUCGUGGGUGGCGAUCAUCGUUUUCUCCGAGGACUAUGCUUCCUCGCCGUGGUGUUUGGAAGAGGUAGCAAAAAUCAUGGAGUGCAAGGAGGGAAAGGGCCUGAUUGUGUUCCCGGUGUUUUACAAAGUGGAACCGAGAGAAGUGAGAGGGGUAAGAGAGAGUUAUGGGAAAGCUAUGGCUAAGCAUGAGUGCAAGUUCGGGAAGGAUUCGGAGAAAGUGAAGAGAUGGAAGAAGGCUCUCUUUGACGCAGGUAGCUUGUCUGGGUGGGACUUGAAUGAUAGAAAUGAAGCGGAGCUCAUACAAUGCAUCGUGAAGGAAUUAUCAAUUCGUCUUGACCGAACACCCUUACAUGUUGCUAAGUAUCCGGUCGGAAUAGAUUCCCGAGUUCAAGAAUUGAUAUGGUUGUCACAGGAAGAGUCUACUACUGAUGAAGUUUUGAUGAUAGGUAUAUGGGGACCUGGAGGCAUAGGCAAGACAACGAUUGCUAAAGCCUUAUAUAAUGCUUCUAUUGAGAGACAAUUUCAGGGUUUCAGUUUUUUGGCGCAAGUUAGAGAAACUUCGUUCGAAAGCAAUGGUCUAGUUGCUUUGCAGGAAAAACUUCUAUCCGAGAUCUUAUCUCAUAGAAAUUUAACGGUCUAUAGCGUUGACAAAGGAAUUAGUUUGAUAAGGGAAAGACUAUAUCGCAAGAAGGUUUUCUUAGUUCUUGACGAUGUUGACCAGAUGGAUCAAUUGAAUGCAUUAGCUGGAGAAGGCAAUUGGUUUGGAAAAGGAAGUAGAAUUAUUGUUACAUCGAGAGAUAAACAUUUGCUAACUUCUCAUGGUAUAAACUAUGUGUAUGAAGUUAAAAUUUUAAAAGACGAUAAAGCACUAGACCUUUUUGGCCGGUAUGCCUUUCCAAAUAGCAAGACAGUUGAAAUAAGAAGGGAUCUCAUUGAUAGAGCACUGCAUUAUGCUAACGGCCUUCCGUUAGCCCUCAAAGUAUUGGGCUCAUUCUUAUGUGGAAGGACGGAAUCUGCAAGGGAAAGUACAUUGCAUAAACUCUCCAAAAGUCCUGACCAAACUAUCAAUCGAGUUCUCAAGACAAGCUUCGUUGGAUUGGAGGACAACGAGAGGGAGAUUUUCCUCGAUAUUGCUUGUUUCUUUAAGGGGAAAAGUAUAGAAUACGUCGAGAAAGUUCUUGACAGCUGUAAUUUUGACACAACCAUAGGAAUAGAAAUUCUCAUUGAGAGGUCCUUGAUAAAAAAUGAGAAUGAAACCCUGCAAAUGCAUGAUUUGGUUCAGUUGAUGGGUAAGGAUAUUGUUAAUCAGGAAUGUCUCGAUGAUCCUAGGAAGCGCAGCAGAUUAUGGCUUUUUGAAGACGUUCUAGACAUUCUAUGUGAAGAUAAGGGAAAGAAUGCAGUAAAGGCCAUAGUAUUGGACUUGCUCGCACCAGAAAAGAUAACCAUUAGUUAUGAUGCUUUUACAAACAUGAAAAUGUUGAGAAUGCUCAUUUUGCUUAAAGUGCAUAUCUCUUCACAAGGUCCUAUACGUCUCCCUAACGAGCUAAGAUGUCUUGAAUGGCCCAAUGCCCCGGAUCUAGAAUUUGGCUCCGGUCCAAAGAAACUCGUGAGACUAGAUGUCCAGAAAAGUCAUAUUAGACAAUUAGGGGGCAACUUUCAGAAUUUUAGAACGUUGAAGUCCAUCAAUUUCUGGGAAUGCAAAUCCCUUGUUAGUGUUCCUGACCUUUCGUCGGUUCCAAAUUUGGAGAGCUUGUUUCUUUAUUGGUGCGAAAGCUUGGUGGAGGUUCACCAAUCCAUUGGAUAUCUUGAGAAUUUAAAACUUUUGUGUCUAGUAGGCUGCUCAAAUCUUAGUAUAGUUCCUGGCACGCUCAAGACAAAAUCUCUUCAAGAGCUUCGUCUCUCUUGUUGUUCUAAACUUGAUAAGUUCCCUGAUAUUCUAGGAAAAAUGGAACAUCUAGAAUAUCUUGAGUUACAGGGAACGGCCAUUAAAGAACUCCCUACAUCAAUUGAAAAUCUUGUUUCGGUGAAGAGGAUAGGAUUAGGAUAUUGCAAACACCUUGAAAAGCUUCCGCCGAGCAUUUAUAAGUUGAAAAAUCUCAAGUCUUUGAGUCUUGAAGGGUGCUCGAAUUUUAUGAUGUUUCCAAAGAAUUUGAACGAUUCAACUGAUCCUCUUGGUGACCUCGGAUUCCAAAAUCUAGACGAGCUAAGACUUAGUGGCUGCAAUCUAUCAGAAGUAGAGUUCCUUAAUAGUUCUUCCAGUUUUCCCAAAUUUGGGUGCCUACUUCUUGCAAAUAACAAGUUUACUCAUCUGCCGACAUGCAUCAACAAGUAUGAUUAUUGGAAAGACUUGUUUGUUCAUAAACGCAAGCAAUUACAAGAGAUUCCUCAGCUUCCAUCAAAUAUGUGCAUCGUAGAAGCAAAUAGUUGUAAUUCUCUGCAGAAACUCCCAAAUUUGUCGAGUCUGCCCUCUAAUUGUCUUGAAGUUGACAUGUCUUCAUGCUGCGAAUGCAAAGGGAGCAAUGUGGCCAAUGUGUCAUCACUCGAGGAACUCCCGAAGAGGAGUGAAGUCAACAUUCUCCUAAGUGGAAGAGAGAUGCCUGAAUGGAUUCUCCACUGUAAAGAGGGUUCCAUAUCUUUCAUGGUUCCCCAGGAGUUGCAUGACAAGUUCCUAGGACUAGCACUCUGUUUUGUCUGUGGCCCGGAGGAAGGAGAAGUGAUCGAUCAUGCUUCAUAUGAGGUCUACAUACUUGUUAAUGAUAGCCUGAGAGCAUCUUCGUACGCGAUGAACUUUUAUCCAUUGGAAUCCAAUCAUGUGUGGCUUAUAUAUUUGCCACGCAGUAUACUGACUAGAGGACGUGAUUAUCUGCGAAAGGGUUGGAACCAUUUCCAAGUUCGCCACAGAUUACCGAAAGUAAGCUUAACGAAGUGUGGAUUCCGUCUAAUAUGCGAGAAACAGGAGGAUGAUCUGAGGGUCGUGCCCCAACACCAUCAGCCGAUGGAAAGAAAUUGGGUUUUCAAGGAAGGAGACUCAGAGAAAGCCAAUUCAAUGGACACCUGAGGAAGAAGAUAGUCCAAGUGAAACAGAUGUAGAGGAAAUCUCAUCACUUUUAACAGAGAAGAUAA